UUCCCUCCCUUUUUCCUUCUCAGCUCCCGCUCCACCAUCACGAUUGGCCAGCGGACCUCCUCGCUUCGGCCAAUAAACGCCGCUCUCUCGCCCCCGUGUUACUGGGUAGAACAAAACAAAAACAAACAGAGCGAGAGGGGGCAGAGGCGCUCUGAGGCGGCGGUGGAAGCUGAGGUGCGGGGUCUGGGCCGGCGGACUAGGGACGUGGGUGAGCGGCGGCGGCGGCGGCGGCGGCGGCGGCGGCCCGAGGGGAAACAGAUUCCAAGGGAAGACUUCCAUUGGUAAUUUAAUCAGUGCAAGUGACAUUAAGGAACAAUGGAUAUAGAAAAUGAGCAAAUACUGAAUGUAAACCCCACAGAUCCUGAUAAUUUAAGCGACUCUCUCUUUUCUGGUGAUGAAGAAAAUGCUGGGACUGAAGAAAUAAAAAAUGAGAUAAAUGGAAAUUGGAUUUCGGCAUCCUCCAUUAACGAAGCUAGAAUUAAUGCCAAGGCAAAAAGGCGCCUGAGGAAAAACUCAUCCCGGGACUCUGGCAGAGGCGAUUCAGUCAGUGAUAAUGGAAGUGAAGCCCUUAGAAGUGGAGUAACUGUACCAACCAGUCCAAAGGGAAGGUUGCUAGAUAGGAGAUCCAGAUCUGGGAAAGGAAGGGGACUACCAAAGAAAGGUGGUGCAGGAGGCAAAGGUGUCUGGGGUACACCUGGACAGGUAUAUGAUGUGGAGGAGGUGGAUGUGAAAGAUCCUAACUAUGACGACGACCAGGAGAACUGUGUUUAUGAAACUGUAGUUUUGCCUUUGGAUGAAACAGCAUUUGAGAAGACUUUAACACCAAUCAUACAGGAAUAUUUUGAGCAUGGAGAUACUAAUGAAGUUGCGGAAAUGCUGAGAGAUUUAAAUCUUGGUGAAAUGAAAAGUGGAGUACCAGUGUUGGCAGUGUCCUUGGCAUUGGAGGGAAAGGCUAGUCAUAGAGAAAUGACAUCUAAGCUUCUUUCUGACCUUUGUGGGACAGUAAUGAGCACAAAUGAUGUAGAAAAAUCAUUUGACAAAUUAUUGAAAGAUCUACCUGAAUUGGCAUUGGAUACUCCUAGAGCACCACAGUUGGUGGGCCAGUUUAUUGCUAGAGCUGUUGGAGAUGGAAUUUUAUGUAAUACCUAUAUUGAUAGUUACAAAGGAACUGUAGAUUGUGUACAGGCUAGAGCUGCUCUGGACAAGGCUACUGUGCUCCUGAGUAUGUCUAAAGGUGGAAAGCGCAAAGACAGUGUGUGGGGUUCUGGAGGUGGGCAGCAGUCUGUUAAUCACCUUGUUAAAGAGAUUGAUAUGCUGCUGAAAGAGUAUUUACUCUCUGGAGACAUAUCUGAAGCUGAACAUUGCCUCAAGGAACUGGAAGUACCUCAUUUUCACCAUGAGCUUGUAUAUGAAGCCAUUGUAAUGGUUUUAGAGUCAACUGGAGAAAGUACAUUUAAGAUGAUUUUGGAUUUAUUAAAAUCUCUUUGGAAAUCUUCUACCAUUACUCUAGACCAAAUGAAAAGAGGUUAUGAGAGAAUUUACAAUGAAAUUCCAGACAUUAAUCUGGAUGUCCCACAUUCAUACUCUGUGCUUGAGCGAUUUGUAGAAGAAUGUUUUCAGGCUGGAAUAAUUUCCAAACAACUCAGAGAUCUUUGUCCUUCAAGGGGCAGAAAACGUUUUGUAAGUGAAGGAGAUGGAGGUCGUCUUAAACCAGAGAGCUACUGAAUAUAAGAACUCUUACAGUCUUAGAUGUUAUAAAAAAAUAUAUAAAUAUAUCUGAAUUGUAAGAGUUGUUAGCACAGGUUUUUUGUUUUUUUUUUUUGAAGCACUUGUUUUUUGGGUACAAGGCGUUUCUGAAAUUUUAUAAACUUAAAAUUUAAGGGGAAUUUUUAAAGGACGUGUUUUUUUCUUUUUAUCUUUUUCUUUUUUUUCUUUUGAGGGUGUUAAGGAGGGACAGAAGAGUAACCACUUCUUAAGUGGAAUAUUCUCAUAAGCUACCUUUUGUAAGUGCCAUGUUUAUGACCUAAUCAUUCCAAGUUUUGCAUUGAUGUCUGACUGCCACUCCUUUCUUUCAAAGACAGUGUUUUUGUAGUAAAAUCACUGGUUUAUACAAAGCUUUAUUUAGGGGGUAAAGUUAAGCUGCUAAAACCCCAUGUUGGCUGCUGCUGUUGGAAUACUGUGCUUUGGGAGUAAAAAAAAAAAAAAAGUUAUUUCUUUGUCUUGAAGAAUUUUAAGAAAAUGAGUUAGUCAUAAGACUUAUUCAUUUUUCCAGGGAACAUAUUGAUUGGUCUUAAAGACUAGACAGUUAAAUAAAUGGUGGCUGGAACAUCUAUUUUUCUACAAAACUGGAAAAAUGAACCCGGUUCUAAAAGAAUGUAUGACAAAAUAAAACAUGUGAAGCAGUGUUGAUUCUUUA